GAGAGGUGCAUAUCUAAAAAAAAUCAACAUCAAACAAGCUGUAAUAAGGCGUAAUUUUUAUUAGUGCAAGUGGUUCGACGGCUUCUUCAUACAUCAAUUUUAUUUUAUUGACACUAGAAGAUUUCCAUGAUUUUUAUUUAAUGAGCAAUAAAAAGGUUCGGCAUUCAUCCAAUAAUAUUUGAGGUCCAGAGAUCCUUCUUUCUUUCUUUACAGCAAAGCAAAAGGUUCUAAAUAAUUCUCCAUCCCCCAACCACCGCCUCGCUACCACCAUCCAUCCACCCACCGUGUGUUAUAACUGAAUUAUCAGCAGCCAAACCACACGACUUUUAAUAUUAUAAUAAUCAAGUAUACAUGCAUAACUACUGCACAGGAGAAGGGUUAACUAACUUCAUGUUCACAUCAGUUUUUAGUUACGUUUCAGAUUUUAUUUAGAAAGGACGUGUGCAUGCACAUUUGUAUGCAUUCCACGCCGUUACAUAUUUAACUCUCAUCUCCAUCUCAUCAGAUCACAUUUCACCACUUAAUUGCACCACAAACAUUUAUGUGUAAUGACAGGUGCUAAGAUUCACAAAAUAAUUAAGACGCACACCCCAAGACAGAAAACAAUCCCAUGAAAAAAAAACGAUUUCCAGACACACUUCAAAAAGCAGGACAAAAUUUAAAGUGAUUCGUCCUGCAUGUUAAUAUUGGGAUUUUUGUGUGGAGUGAUUCAAGUGGUCUAGCUUGUAAUGAAAAGUGACAACUGCAGGGCGAGUUAUUCGAGGUAUAUUUAUCCGUAUUAUUAUCGUGUCAAUGUAGGUAAAUGAAUGAAUGAGUUAAAGUGAAUAAUCAGCAGUGUACAUAAAUGCAGAAUUUUAUCGCACGUAUGUCAGACUCGGAGGACGGACAGAUUCAGACUCAUCAGUCCUUGAAUGAAUGAAAUCAGAACAAUACUUCAUAAUAAUUAUAUCGAUUUCAUUCCAACUUUAAACUGUAUUGCUCCUGGUGACGGACGGAUACAUAUUCACGUGCGAAGCAGUUGUUUAAAUUUUCUAAAAGGCGUAUGGUUUCCAUUCUGUUUAAUAGUGGUGUUUUAGGCCAAGCUGAAUUUAAACAUGUGAGAUAAAUGUUUAUGUAGAUAGAUAACUCCAGUCGUAAAAUUGGCAACUCUUAUGACCUCGGAUUUAUAGCAACUUGUUGUUGUGACUCUAACUUCGUGAUUCUUGGUUUUGCAUAACAUCUUAAUUAAUCCAUCGAUUUUUGACACAAUUUGUCACCAUGUCUCACAAAGUGGUCGACAUUGAAUCCCAAAUUCCUCUGACAUCACCGUCGUCCUCCUCCUCGUCCACAUUAUUCAGCCCGACUGGAGGAACGACCAGUCCCAUAGCGACCACACCCUUGCUCUCCUCCACUCCUGAAGUGGAGGGGAGUGAAAAGGACUCCAUUCUUAAGAAAAAUGGAAAACAGACCGCAAAACCGUCAAUCAUUCGACCCUGGAAUUUCCCAAGUAAUAAUCAAGCCAUGAUCAAAAGCAGUUUGGCGUCACCUUCUCCACCUCCGAGUCCCCGAACCCCAACCACCGGGGGUGGGAAACGGUUAGCCUUCAGCCCCUCCACCUCCACACCGUCGGAUGACCAAGUUCCAAUCGCGACGACCACUACUCAUCAAGGGGUUAGCAGAUUUCAGAGCGUGGCUCUCCGUGGUGGAGACACCAUUACUUCGAUGGACUCCAUGUCCACGUCCUUGUACAGAAAUACGCUCACGAACAAUAAUGAAAAUACGAUUACCGACACGAGCACGGUGGAUUCCACGACUUUUCGAAAAAUUAGGAACCGCAUGAGCUCCAAAUACGGUCGGAUGAGGAAAAGGGUCGUAUUUAAAAAUGGGGACUGUAAUCUUCAUCAAACUAACAUUUCCAAGAGGAGGAGAAAAUAUUUAGCGGAUAUUUUCGUAACGCUUGUCGAUCUCCAGUGGCGAUGGACAUUCCUAAUAUUUACGAUGAGCUUCCUUCUGUCCUGGACAUUUUUUGCAAUAAUUUACUGGUCCAUCUCCCUCAGUCAUGGGGAUUUGGAAGUGGAAAAUUUGCCACAAAAUCAGGAAACGUCAGGUUGGAGUCCGUGUAUAGCCAACUUCUGGGGGUUCACAAGCUCAUUUCUGUACUCUUUGGAGACUCAAAGCACAAUUGGUUACGGUUUUAGAUAUACCACCACCGAAUGUCCAGACGCAAUUUUCGUCAUGUGUGUUCAAACCAUUUUAGGAGUCAUAAUUCAGGCAGUCAUGGUCGGUGUCGUAUUUUCCAAAAUUAGUCGCCCCAAGAAGCGCACUCAAACCCUCAUGUUUAGCAAGUAUGCUGUGAUAUGUCAAAGGGAUGGCUCACUUUGUCUCAUGUUGAGGGUCGGAGAUAUGCGAAAGAGCCACAUUAUCUGCGCAUCUGUUCGAGCUCAACUGAUUAAACGUCGGAGUACGAUGGAAGGAGAAGUGCUCCCGUUUUACCAGCAUGAGUUAAAAGUGGGGGUGGAUAGCGACCAGCAAGCCAUUUUUUUCAUCUGGCCAAUGGUAGUUGUCCAUCAAAUUGACAAAGACAGUCCACUCUAUACAAUCUCUGCUGCAGAUUUAGCCCGUGAAAAAUUUGAAAUUGUCGUAAUUCUCGAAGGCGUCAUUGAAUCUACGGGAGCGACAACACAAGCUCGAACAUCCUACUUGCCCUCAGAAAUUUUGUGGGGUCAUCGGUUCGAGCCGUUGGUUUCCUUCAAGAAAGAACUGGGCGAGUAUUCGGUGGAUUACAGUUUAUUUAAUUCAUUUUACGAGGUGGACACACCCCUUUGCAGCGGAGAAGAGUUGGACGAAUUGCAGGCUGUUGAGCAGGACCUGAAGAGAGAAGGUCUGAAUCAACUUUUGACCCCAUUCCGGGUGGCAGUAGUGGACGAAAAAAGACAAGCUGGAAGACGGCAGAGUGCUGCAGCAGCCAGCAGCAAGAUGGAUUAAUUGGUCAAUUAUGUUGAUGUACAUUUUAUUACUGCAUGUGUAAUAGCAUUAAUUCUGUGGACCGAUUACACAUCCUUUUAGUUUCAUGAUUCCUUGAAAUUAUUUUGUAACUAUAUAAUAAUAAGCGUCUUCUUGUUAUGAAUGUACAUAUUCAUGUAUCUAAGCCGGUGACAAGCAAAAUAUGUUUUCAGUUAAUAAAGUUACCUCUGUCAUGCAUCAUUUCA